UUCAGGCGAUUCGGGGUUGCGGCGGCCGGGUGCGCGGGCUUUCCUGCGGCUGCAGCGGUGGGCCUGGAAGAAGAAUGACUGGGCGAGCCAGAGCCAGAGCCAGAGGACGGGCCCGGGGGCAGGAGACGGUGCAGCACGUGGGGGCCGCUGCGAGUCAGCAGCCUGGCUACGUCCAGCCCAGGCCUCAGCAGCCGGCAGCAGAAGGGGAAUUAGUUGGCCGUGGACGACAGAGAGGAGCAGUAGGAGCAACAGCCAAGUCCCAAGAGCUCCAGAUAUCUGCUGGAUUUCAGGAGUUAUCGUUAGCAGAGAGAGGAGGUCGUCGUAGAGACUUUCAUGAUCUUGGUGUGAAUACAAGACAGAACCUUGACCAUGUUAAAGAAUCAAAAACAGGUUCUUCAGGUAUUAUAGUAAGGCUGAGCACUAACCAUUUUCGAUUGACGUCCCGUCCCCAGUGGGCUUUAUAUCAGUAUCACAUUGACUAUAACCCGCUGAUGGAAGCCAGAAGACUCCGCUCAGCUCUUCUUUUUCAACAUGAAGAUUUAAUUGGAAGGUGUCAUGCUUUUGAUGGAACAAUACUAUUUUUACCUAAAAGACUACAGCACAAGGUUACUGAAGUGUUUAGUCAGACCCGAAAUGGAGAGCAUGUGAGGAUAACAAUCACCUUAACAAAUGAACUCCCACCUACAUCACCAACUUGUUUGCAGUUCUAUAAUAUUAUUUUCAGGAGGCUCUUGAAGAUCAUGAAUUUACAGCAAAUUGGACGGAAUUACUAUAACCCAAGUGACCCGAUCGAUAUUCCAAAUCAUAGGUUGGUGAUCUGGCCUGGCUUCACCACCUCUAUUCUUCAAUACGAGAACAACAUCAUGCUUUGCACUGACGUCAGUCAUAAAGUCCUUCGCAGUGAAACCGUGUUAGAUUUCAUGUUCAACUUAUAUCAUCAAACGGAAGAACAUAAAUUUCAAGAACAAGUUUCUAAAGAACUAAUAGGUCUAAUUGUUCUUACCAAUACAGACGUGCACUGGUGUGUGUCCAGUGAGACCCUGAGUGACGUAGCCCCUGCCUGCGUGUUGGUGCUCGCCUGCCUCCUUCAAUACAACCAAGAAAUCACCGACUUGAAGCAACCUGUUCUGGUCAGUCAACCAAAGAGAAGGCGAGGCCCUGGUGGCACCUUGCCAGGCCCUGCGAUGCUCAUUCCAGAACUCUGCUAUCUUACAGGUCUAACCGAUAAGAUGCGUAAUGAUUUUAAUGUGAUGAAAGACUUAGCUGUUCAUACAAGACUGACUCCAGAACAAAGGCAGCGUGAAGUGGGAAGACUCAUUGAUUAUAUUCAUAAAGAUGAUAAUGUUCAGAGGGAGCUUCGAGACUGGGGUUUGAGCUUUGACUCCAACUUACUGUCCUUCUCAGGAAGAAUUUUGCAAGCAGAAAAGAUUCACCAAGGUGGAAAAACAUUUGAUUACAAUCCACAAUUUGCAGAUUGGUCAAAAGAAACAAGAGGUGCACCAUUAAUUAGUGUUAAGCCGCUAGAUAACUGGCUGUUGAUCUAUACUCGAAGAAAUUAUGAAGCAGCCAAUUCAUUGAUACAAAAUCUAUUUAAAGUUACACCAGCCAUGGGCAUACAAAUGAAAAAAGCAAUAAUGAUUGAAGUGGAUGAUCGAACUGAAGCCUAUUUGAGAGUCUUACAGCAGAAGGUUACAUCAGAUACCCAGAUAGUGGUUUGUCUGUUGUCGAGUAAUCGGAAAGACAAAUACGACGCUAUUAAAAAAUACUUGUGUACAGAUUGCCCUACUCCGAGUCAGUGUGUGGUGGCCCGGACUCUUGGCAAGCAGCAGACAGUCAUGGCCAUUGCUACCAAGAUCGCCCUGCAGAUGAAUUGCAAGAUGGGCGGGGAGCUUUGGAGGAUUGAUAUGCCUCUAAAGCUGGCGAUGAUAGUUGGCAUUGACUGUUACCACGAUACCACAGCUGGACGGAGGUCAAUUGCAGGAUUUGUUGCAAGUAUCAAUGAAGGGAUGACCCGCUGGUUCUCUCGCUGUGUAUUUCAAGAUCGAGGACAAGAGCUUGUAGAUGGGCUCAAAGUCUGCUUGCAAGCUGCUCUCAGGGCUUGGAAUAGCUGCAAUGAAUACAUGCCUAGUCGAAUUAUCGUGUAUCGGGAUGGUGUAGGAGAUGGUCAGUUGAAAACACUGGUUAACUACGAAGUACCACAGUUUUUGGAUUGCCUGAAAUCCAUUGGUAGAGGGUAUAAUGAAUACCUAUUUGAUUUCUUUGUGAACUUGACUGGUACUUGAUCUAGGUAAGAUGGUUGGCAUGUGUUUAGUCUCCUAGGAGAUGUUGUUACUUCUCCUUUUGGAUGGUGUGCACAUGCAAGGGUGGUGUGCUUGGCGCCCCUAAACCUGUACUGGGGUCCGUCCUCCUCCGCUUUCCUGCAGACCUCCUCGUCUGUGCCAUUGGGCAGUGACAGUGUACCAACUCCAGACCGCUGUUCCAGGAAGUUACAUUUUGCUGCUCUAUCAGAUUGUGAGCAGGCUGAGAUCAGGGACUGUUGGUGA